CAGGGGCGGACUGACCAUUUGGAAACUCAGGCACUGACCGAGGGCCCAGGGUCAGUAGGGGGCCCCAUGAGAUGCCCCUGGUACCUUUUUCAUAGGCUUUUUUGAGUUUGGGCAAGGACACAGGCGCCCCAUGAUCCCCUAUUGCCCGGGGGCCCCAUGAGUUGUCAGUCCGCCCCUGUUUCCAAAUGGUCAGUCCGCCCCUGCACUGAAUGCUACUUUAUGGUAAAAAGGGAUGAGUCAAAAAUGUCAAAUGUGCUCAGAGAGGUAGCACUGCAUGGUCCA